GCGGGGCGGGCCCGGCCGCCCCCGCGGGCUCCGGUGCGUCAGGGCGCGUCAGGCGGGGCGGGGCGGGCGGAGCGCGGGUGGCGGCGGCGGCGGCGGCGGCGCGCGCCGGCCUCCUCCUCCUCCUCCUCCUCCUCUUCCUCCGCCUCCCGCACUCGAGCUGCCGCCGCCGGCCGAUCGGGCGCCGCUCCCGCCGCCUCCGCUCCGCCCGUUCCAGCCGCCGCGCGCGCCCUUGCCCGGUAUGUCGGCGGCCGUGGCGUGCGUGGAUUACUUCGCCGCCGACGUGCUCAUGGCCAUCGCGGCGGGCGCCGUGGUGCACCGCGGACGGCCGGGCCCCGAGGGCGCGGGCCCCGCCGCCGCCGGCCUGGAGGUGCGCGCGCCCCUCCGCGAGGCCGCCCCCACCGGGCCCCCGGGGCCGCCGCCGCCGUCCCCCGCCUCCCCGGGCCCGGGCGGCGCCCCUGCGCUCCACCUGCUGGCCGCCAGCAUCCUGGCCGACCUGCGCGGCGGGCCCGGCGCCGCCCCGGGGGGCGCUUCCCCCGCCUCGUCCUCCUCGGCCGCCUCGUCGCCGUCCUCGGGCCGCGCCCCCGGGGCCGCGCCCGCCGCCGCCAAGAGCCACCGCUGCCCCUUCCCGGGCUGCGCCAAAGCCUAUUACAAGUCCUCGCAUCUGAAGUCCCACCUGCGGACGCACACAGGCGAGCGCCCCUUCGCCUGCGACUGGCCGGGCUGCGACAAGAAGUUCGCGCGCUCCGACGAGCUGGCGCGCCACCACCGGACGCACACCGGCGAGAAGCGUUUCCCCUGCCCGCUGUGCACCAAGCGCUUCACCCGCAGCGACCACCUCACCAAGCACGCGCGCCGGCACCCCGACUUCAGGCCCGAACUGCUCCGCCGCCCCGGCGCCCGCAGCGCCUCCCCCUGCGACUCGCUGCCCUGCAGCCUGGCGGGCAGCCCCGCGCCCAGCCCCGCGCCCAGCCCGGCCCCGGCCGGCCUGUAAGGGCGGCGCCGCCCC